AAUGGGCCUUCAUGCGCCCAAGGCCGAGCCAGACGAGCAGACAGCAGCGAAGUGUUAAAACUGUUUAAACCCGAGUGUACGUUGGGGGAUAGUACACCGCGCCCGAACAACGUCCACGUAGUACAACCGUUGAGAGACCGGGGAAGCAGGCGAGAUGGCGGCGCGACUUUGCUUUGCCUACAGGACGGCGCUCCUGCAGAGGUUUUCCGUUCGUGGCUAUGCGUCGUCUAGCGUGCCCACAACCAAGAUGUUCAUCAACGGAGAGUUCGUCGAGUCCAAGACGACCGAGUGGAUUGAUCUCAUGAACCCGGCAACCAACGAACCCGUAACCCGUGUGCCAGUGUGUACGAAUGAUGAAAUGGAAGCGGCCGUCGGUGCUGCAAAGGAGGCCUUCAAGACGUGGUCGCAGACGUCAAUUUUGACGAGGCAGCAGUCCAUGUUCAAGUUGCAGAAUCUCAUCAAGGAGAACAUGAAACGAAUUGCUGCAAACAUCACAGAGGAGCAGGGAAAAACGUUGGCAGACGCUGAGGGAGAUGUGCUUCGAGGCUUGCAGGUUGUCGAACAUGCUUGUGGAGUUACUUCUCUACAGUUGGGCGAGACCUUGCCAUCCAUCACUAAAGACAUGGACACACUCUCCUACCGCAUUCCGCUUGGCGUCUGCGCUGGCAUCACGCCGUUCAACUUUCCUGCCAUGAUCCCUUUGUGGAUGUUUCCUCUGGCCCUAGUCUGUGGAAACACAAUCGUGAUCAAGCCUUCAGAACGCGACCCUGGAGCCACGAUGAUUUUGAUGGAGCUGCUCCAACAGUGCGGUGUGCCAAAAGGGGUGGUCAAUGUCUUCCACGGAACACAUGAAUCUGUCAGAUUCAUCUGUGACCACCCCGACAUCAGAGCAAUCUCGUUUGUGGGAUCUGACACAGCUGGCAAGUUCAUCUAUGAACGAGGCUCGAAGAACGGCAAAAGGGUGCAGUGCAAUAUGGGAGCGAAGAACCACGGUGUGAUCAUGCCCGACGCAAACAAGGAGUACACGCUCAACCAGCUGACAGGCGCCGCCUUCGGUGCGGCCGGACAGAGGUGCAUGGCACUGAGUACCGCCGUUUUUGUCGGAGAGGCCAAGAACUGGAUCCCCGAGCUCGUGGAACGUGCGAAGAAGCUCAACGUGAACGCCGGCCAUGUUCCGGGCGCCGACCUUGGCCCAGUCAUUUCUCCACAAGCCAAGAAACGCAUCUGUGACCUCGUCGAGAGCGGAGCGCAGGAAGGAGCGAAGAUUAUUCUGGACGGCCGCAACAUUAAGGUGCCCGGCUUCGAGAAGGGCAACUUUGUGGGACCCACCAUCCUUACAGACGUGAAGCCCAGUAUGCGUUGCUACCGGGAGGAGAUUUUUGGACCCGUGCUGCUGACCCUCAACGUGGACACAAUGGACGACGCUAUCUCUCUCAUCAACUCCAACCCUUACGGCAACGGCACUGCCAUAUUCACCACGAAUGGCGCCACUGCAAGACGGUAUACCCAAGAGAUUGACGUGGGACAGGUUGGUGUGAAUGUGCCCAUUCCUGUACCACUGCCCAUGUUUUCUUUCACUGGAUCCAGAGGCUCGUUUUUGGGUGACAACAACUUCUACGGCAAGGCUGGGGUCAAUUUCUACACGCAACUGAAGACCGUGACCCAGCUCUGGCGUACGCAGGACUCGACGCACACAAAAGCGGCGACUGCCAUGCCAGUGAUGCGCUGAGAACACGAAACCAUCACUCAUCCCAUCAACUUCGUACAAAGAUUUUCAAUAAAGUGCUUCCAUGAUGUAAGAA